AUGUUCGAUAUCUGGAAGCGACCAAAUCCGUCCACUUCAACACUUGAGGAGGUUCAAAAUAAGAUGCAGUCAGGAAUGGCAUCAAAAAGUGUAAGUACUCAUCACUCCGCUUGGGAAGAAGAAACUACUUACAAGGAGACUUUAGUUGAGACAAAACGUACUGAUUUUACGUAUGGCGAUAGCGGCAGUUAUCGUACGGAUCGACCACACGAUACUUGGAUGUCACCGAAUAUGUCUCGCUUACCUUUAGGAUCAUCAAAAUUUAAUUCAUCCUCGGGAUCGUCAAAUCGUUUAACGGCACCAAAAACUCGCAAUAUGCAUCCUAUGUUAAAUCGUCGUAUAUCGUCAAAAACUGAAAGUUCAACCAUAAUACGAACAAGUAGUUCAGAAAAUAUUGAAGAGGGUAUCAAUAGCAGUUCACGUAGCUCUAAAUCCCGACUGCUGAGAUCUACGGCUAGAAAAUUUCAAAAUGAAAGGACUGGCUCUCGCAAACUAAUUACAAGGGAAUAUCAAGUGUCGCAUGAACUAGGAAUUAGUAAUAAACCAACUGGCUCUGAAAACUUAACUCUCCACGACGAACAAGAUGAAUCUUUAAUUACUCCCAUGGAACUAGCAAGACCACGUAAAUCAGAAAGACUAGCUUUUAGAAAUCAGUUAAAAUCACAACAGUCAUCAGCACUAGUUGACCCUGAUACUAUAUAUCGUCAAGAAACAUCCCCUUAUCUAUCAUUAACAUCAACAUUUGUCUAUCCGAAUAAACCACAACCAACGUUGGAUCCAAUGAUUAUGUCAUCAAAGGCUUCACAAAUGUCUAGCCAAGUAUAUAGUAAUGUGGGUAAUUCAGUAAUCACAAAUACUGAUCCCUGGACGAAGCGUAUUUCAUCCAUAUGGGGAAGGUUGUCAAGUAAUAAUCUGUCUACAAAUAGUUCAAAUGAUAAUCUUAGUUUUAAUAGUACACAAUCACAUGUGGUGCAAAGGCGGCCUACAGGAUGGUUGGCAUGUCAUAUGUUUGGUUUGGAGAGAGAUACUACUGAAGAUCUAAAUUUUGAAUCAAAGAAUACAGACGAUCAAUUUCUGUCUAGCGAUAUAGAGGAUAACUAUGAUGCUAAUAUUUCGUAUCAUAAAACUAAAAAUGUUACCAAUCGAAACAAAGCAUACGUUCAGUUUAAUCUGCCUCAUUCGAACUCAUUUCAGUCUGAUUUUCUUUCACGCCGAUCAAGAUUAUGUUUUUACACACAAUGUGUUUUAAACAGGCUACGGAAUAUGUCUAUUCACCUUUUAGCGUUUUUAAUGGCUUUCAUUUAUGCUGUUGGAAAUAUUUUUCUGUAUAUCCUCAGUUGUUUACCACGAUUAUUCUGUUGGCUGUUUGCAAAAUUAUUUAGUGGAAAUGAUAAUUCUUCAACUUUAUCUCUGAAAUAUCACUCAACAAUACGUACUGAUCUAUCGAGAUUUCAAAAUUCCACAGGUUCAUCAAGUUCCUAUGUACAGAGAAAUAAUAUCUUGAAUUGGUGCUUGCGUUUAGUACUGCUGUUACUUAUCUUAUCGCCGUUAUUACUAAUUUUAAGCCUUUUGUUUGCACCAACUGAUAACUUUUCAAAUAAUUCAUCUUUAAAAUUGUUUCCAUUUUCCUCUGAUUCUAAUUGUACGUAUGAACUUUCUGAGACACGGCCUGAUAGUACUCAUCUUUGGAAUUUAUUUAUAUGGAAAGCACGUUGUCUUUACAUUCGUUAUUUUUUUUCAUCUGAGUUAAAUGAGGAUAACAGUAGAUCUGACAAAGAAAAUGAUCGGUGGCAAUGGAUUCCGUUCUACAGUUCAAGGAAUCUGAAUGAUGUAACAGCAAAUAAACUUUUUGAGCAGUUGACAUCACUUUCUCAAUCGGUCAAUAAGCGUUUGGACUUACUAUCACAGACAAUUAAGGUUACCGAUAAUAGUUUAAUCAACUUAAAACAAGACUCUAUCAGAAAAUCGAAUAUACUCAAUUUACAACUUAUUGAAAUGAGAAAUAUAUUUGAUCAUCAUAUCAAUGAAUGGAAUCACUUUUACCUGAAAUAUAACCAAUCUGAGCGUCUGUCUGAUAAUAAAGAUUUUAACUCUGCUGAUCAUAAUGCAGCAUUUCGUAUAGAAAGCGAUCGUUUACUAAGGUUAGCCAUUGAAGCAGCUAAUCAUAAUAUCGCAACUCAGUUGGAUGACCUACGUAGUAAAAUCCUACAAGACCUUAUAAAGUCCGAUCUGCAAAGAAAUAUGAGUAUUCAAAAUAUGUCAAUACUGUUGAAUAGUUUACAUAGUCAGUUAAGUUUACGUACUAAAGAAACACGAAAUGAACUUCAUAGGCUACACUCGCAGUUGAGUAUAAAUAGUAAUCGAUCAAAGAAGUUUUUGGAUUUUGAAAACAAUUUACUUCAGUUACAAAAUAAAAUCAAUUUAUUUACACUACGCAUGUCUGAUAUAGAAAGGUUGAAUGAAGAAUCUAAGUCCAUCUUUACAUAUAUUAAGGAUGAAUUGAAAAGAUGUUCAGGAAGUGAAGAAAUUAGGAAACAUUGCCAUGAUGCAGUUAUUGAACAGGUGAACUUUGCUAUAACUAAUCUCUCUCAGUCAUUUUCAACUCAAAUUAAAGAAAUUGUCCUGGAGACAAUAAUCAAUGAAUUAAGGGAUAAUGAUAGUGUGGAUAGUGCACUUCUCACUUACUUUAGACAAGCUAUAUACACGCUGGCUAGAGAAUCCGUUGAUAAAUUAAUUUACAGUCGUCAUUCGGAAUUGGUCCCACAUUCACUUGAAAAUAAAGCAACUUUAGCUAAAAUGAUCGAUGAAGCUCUUCAUCGAUUUGCAGCUGAUAGGACCGGUCUUACAGAUUAUGCUUUAGAAUCAUCUGGAGGCUCUAUUGUUGGCACGCGUUGCACAAAAACAUAUACCGAAGGUGCAUCAUUAUUAAGUAUUUUUGGCUUGCCUUUAGCCCGUCUUAGCAAUUCCCCUCGAACAAUCCUCCAACCUGGUAAUAAUCCUGGGGACUGUUGGCCAUUUCACGGAAGUAAAGGUCAAGCUAUCAUUCGUCUAUCGUCUCCAAUUAUUAUCAGUUCGGUGACUUUAGAACACUUACCAAGGGAACUCGCGCCAAAUGGAAGAUUGGACUCAGCCCCGAGAGAUUUUCUUGUAAAGGCACUUCAAUCAGAAUAUGAUGAUGGGGUAGUUUUGGGAGAAUUUACCUAUAAUGUGGAUGGUAGACCUAUACAAAAUUUUCCUAUAAGGGAAUACUCAAAAGCUGUCCAAUUUGUCGAGCUUGUCAUAUUGAGUAAUCACGGACAUCCUAAAUAUACAUGUAUUUAUCGCUUUCGAGUUCAUGGCAAUAUGAUUACAUGA